GCCGCUUGCGAAGGCGUCUCCCGCCGGAAAAGAGCGGAAGCGUCCGCCUCCAGUGAAGGCAUCACCCGUGGCUUUGCGAGCCAUUUCUCGGCUCUCCAGACACUCGGUUCGCAGGAGCAGCCACCGCCACCAUGUUGGUGCAAAAAGUCGGUUUAUACCUCCAGACUGGAGUCAUGUUAGCUUACGUGAUUUGUUUGAGCCUCGUCCUUCGCGCCUUGCACUUGGUCUCGCCGGCCUUGGCCAAGAAGGCUAUCCUGAAGAUUAACCAGGGGACCACCAUGAGCGAGAACCCCAAGUUCACCUUCGACGACUGGGGGCCCACCUUUUUGUCCUACGAGUUCGUCCGAACCGCGUCGGAGCACAUGUGGUCGUCGCUUGGACAGAAGGCGUUCGUGGGGGAGCGAGCUCCGGACUCGCCCGUGGUCACAAUGGACGAGCGCGAGACCUCCAUCUGCAACUUCUUCAACGGUUCCCGGCCGCUGGUGCUGAACUUUGGUAGCUGCACCUGACCCCCAUUCAUGUUUAAGCUGGACGCCUUCAAGCAGCUCGUCCGCGACUUUGGCCACAUGGCAGACUUUCUGGUUGUUUACAUUGAAGAAGCGCACUCUACUGACAGCUGGGCCUUCACCAACAACAUCCAAGUUAACAAGCACCGGAACCUUCAGGACAGGCUGGCCGCAGCUAAAAUCCUCCUUGAGGAGGAACCGCUGUGUCCUGUGGUGGUAGACCCAAUGAACAACAUGGCUUCCGUGGAGUACGGCGCACAACCCGAGAGACUCUACGUGCUACACAAGGGCAACGUGCUCUACAAGGGCGGCAUGGGGCCUUGGGGCUACAAACCACAGGAGGUGCGCUCAGUCCUGGAGAAGAUGAAGUAGGAAGGCGCGUCUGGGCAAAGCAGACUCCCCUUUCACUAAUACUUACUAAACAGAGCUUAGUCAUUGAACCGCUUUGUCUUUGUGCGUUGUCCCUGGCAACCCACGAUUGCAAACACUUGGCCUUAUGUCCCAGCUGGAUCUCUGCUCGUCUGGGUUUCUUGGUGACGGCUACAGAUGAAAACUUUCGGACUCUGUACCCUGAUAAAGCGAAACGUAGACUUUGAGAUCAGCUCGAAGACAUGGAUUGAGUGUUAUUAACUCGUGACUCGGAUUUGUUUGUAAACUCAUUGGCCGCCAUUUACGGUGGUCCACUUCGAAUAGAUUGGACGUCUACUCAUGAUAAACUCAUUAAAGGAGUUCAAAUCUUGAGCUACAUGGUUGGACGUCUAUUAUAGUCAAUGGCAGCGAGGGAGUUAACAUUUUUUUGACAUCGUCCGACAAAUGCUAUUACCAAAAGAUAUAUUUUUGUAAGUUUGCUAGAGGGGAUUUGAAAGGUUUUUGGGUCCGUCCAGGGGAGAAUAGAAUAAAGUUGUUGGAAUGUUCUGAAAUCAAUUUUUUUUUUUUUUUUUUUUUUUUUUUGCUAAGCUAGUCUGUUUUGAACUCAUUUUUGGGUUCAGUUUUUUAAGCAUAAGAUCCAUGUUUUCUUUAAAAAAAAAAAAAAAAAAAAAAAAACUGUGUUUGUAUUAUGUAAAAAGAAAGAUUUUGGCAUAGACAUGCCAAUUUUAGUUGAGCAGUAGUUCCUCAGAGUAUUAAAUGACUUUUUUUUUUUUGGUAAUAUUUUUUACCUUAAAAAGUAUCUUUCCAGUAGUUGUGUAGGUUGUUGGGAUUAAAAAAAAUGUAAAACUAGGAUUUAAGUGUUUCGGGGGGGGGUUUUCAGCUAAUGUUUUUUUUAUAACAAUUUAACAUAACAUUCUAUUAAUGUUUUAAAAGGAAAGUACUAAGGUUAACCCCGUUUUCUGAAUUUACAUUUAACAUACUGUGUAUACAUUAAAAUGCAUUGGAAGAACCACAUAAAAAUAUUAUAGUAAUUAAGUUAUAAAAUACUAGAAUAAAAUAAUAAUAAAAAUACAACAGCGAAAAAGCAACAACAACAACAAAACUAUAUAUAUGAGAACUCAUUUUUGAAAUUUAAGAAAAUAAUUUGGUUUAAGUAUAAAGAAUAAUUUUUCGAUUUAUUUACUUUUACAUACAAUUAAUACAAUUAUUAUUAUUAUUAUUAUUUUUUAUACUUACUUGCAUUUCUAUCUUUUGAGGAUUUUCACAUUUUUACCUAUAUUUAGUGUUUGGUAUUAAUGCUUUUAUAUUUGUUAAACGUAAAUUCAGGCAUCAAGGGGAAAAAUACCGGUAUUUUUUUUUUUUUCCCAAGAAGUUUCAAUCUUGACAGAAACAACAACAACAAAAAAGUGGAAAAUGUAAAUGUAAAAUUCCUAACGCCAACUAAACAUAUAUAUACCGUAUUGACCCGAAUAUAAGACAGCCCUGAUUAUAAGACGACCCCCUCUUUUUCAAGACUCAAGUUUGAAAAAAGACUUUUUGAACACCAAAAUUAUUUUUAUACAGAAAAUAAUUACAGUACAUGUGAAACAAAUAAUUAUAAUAAUAUAUUUGAGCGAAAAAAGCAUGUUAUUUUGCCUCAUUCAAAUCUUAAUAUCUGAACAGUUAAAUAUUUAAACUAAAGUGCAAUCACUUGCGUAAAUGAAUGGCUUCUGGUUUUUAAAAUGUAAAUAAACCAAUCUAUUGUGAUUAAACAACAAAAUUGCAAUAACUACAGUAACCAUCAAAGUGAAGUCUUAACUGUAACUAGUCUUGAAACAAAUCUGAAUAAGGAAAAACAUCGCGACAAAAUAAUGCAAAUUGGUUAAACUUGAAAGUAGCUGAGAUCUGUCAUGACAGAACAUCGCUUCAAUGAUAUCUGGCGCCAUCUAGCGUCGUGAAUGGGUAUAAUGUCUAGACCGCGGAUAUAAGACGACCCCCACUUUUUCAGUCUUAUUUCCAAUGCAAAAAAACACAGUCUUAUAUUCGGGCCAAUACGGUGUAUAUAUAUAUAUAUAUAUAUAUAUAUAUAUAUAUAUUAUUCACCCCUAAAUGUAUAGCGGUUCAAAAGUUGCCUAUUUGUUAGAAAUAUUAAUGUUAGAAUACUUAAUAUGAAAAUAUCUUAAAAAGAAAACUUGUUUAAAUGAAUGAUGUACAAAAACCAAGCUGCAUUAUGUCCUGAUAAAACACUUGUCUUUUCAUUGAAAUAUUAUACCACACUGUAGUUUAACUGUCUACCAUUAACGGUGAUAGACGUCCAAUCCAUUUGGACUGGCAAAGGUGGCAGCAAUCAUUCAAUCCCAGUUCAAAUAGAUUAGACGUCUACCCCUGUCAAUGGCGCUGAAACAUGAUCCAAAGAAAGGAUGUUCCUAUCUGUUUCACACCCGGUGACUUUUUACAUGACAAUUACAGCGCAAACCUCUGGUGGCUGUCAUUUGAAGGCUUAAAAGUUCACCUUUUGUGACACUUUGUGGCAACCCUCCUGUAUGAUUUGAUCACAAUAAAAUACUUGGUUUGCAUUUGACUGAUUCGCUUGUGUUUAAGUGUUUAACGCUUUUCUAAGAAAACCAAUUUUCUGGUGAGGAUCGCCACGUGCGCGACAUGUAACAUGGUUGAUUGUUGAUGAUAAAAGCCUUCUGGCGUCGGGCCACAUGCCGCAUCCUAGCAAAGACUUUAUUCGCGUUAUCACGCGGAGAAGCUUGUUCCUGCACAUUCCAACCAUGCAAACGAUGGAUAGCAAUCAGUGCGGGCGUAAAAACUGGCGAUUACGAAUUUUAUAGAGGAUAUAAAAAGUCUUCACACC